AAAUCGGUCUCAGUUGCCACACGACAGGACGGCCAAACGGGCGAGCUAAAGCAGACGAGAUACACGGCCUACAGUGGCGAAUGUAUCCACAAGAUACACGGCUAGGCAAAUUAACAAUAAUUAAAGCUCUGCGUGACAGGUCUCUCUCUCCCCCCUGGCCCUCCCCUUUCUCACUCUCACCUCCUGGCUCUGAUUUGGUGAAAAUAAUAUAAGAAAUCAAAUAAAAAUAAUAAUAUACGAAACGAAAUAAUUCUCGAAUCGAGUCGAAAUCUUUGUAUCUGUGUAUCAGAGAACUGAAAAAGAGGCCGCGCGCUCUCGCAAAUGUAUCUCAGCCGGCAGUGGGCGAAAGACGCAACUGCUGCGACCUUGGAAUGCCCUUGAAUGACACUCUUAUUGCGACCAAGUCGCCAACGUUGCCACUACAACGGGCGCUGAAACGGGCCACGGCUGCCACUCAGCGCUGGCAGAAUAAAGGAAUAUAAUAAUAUUUAAAAAUAUUUCUAAAAUAAAAUAUACACAUAAAAAAUAUAUAAAUAAUGCCAAAAAAAUAAACGGCUUUAAAGAAAAGUGAAAAUACUAUUGGAGUCAGAGUAGUUAUCGCGAGAGUGAGAAAAAGUGAGGGAACCGAACACACAAAAUAAUAAUAUAGAACAGCCGAAGAACCCCCCGACGGAAUUUCCUUGACAUCUCCCUAUCUUAAGCCUUAACCCAAAUCAAAAAUCGUGUGUGAGAAAUUCACUUUUAUUUUGUAAAUUUGAUAAAUAUUUAUACAUUUUCAAAUAAAACCUAUUUGAAAUUCAAGCAAAAAGAAAGUGUUAUCUAACUGGCGCCCUCUGGCGGCGAGUGUAUGCGUGCGGGCGUGUAUAUGUGUGUGUGGCCGACUAGAAAGUGAAAGUUCUCGACUGCGAAUCCUGCGGUAACCUUUACCCCACAUUGGGUCACUUCCUUGAGAGCGACUGCUACAUAAACGACAUCGGGGCACGCAAAAGGCAAUAAGGCCAAAAGCAUAUAUCCGGACUAUAUAUACAACGAAUCGGUAUAUGUAGGCGAUAUUUAUGCGACAGGUUCUGACAACUAAUUCUUUUUAUCGCCACGCGGAGGAAUACGCUGGCAAGGGCCGAAUUGGGAAAGCCUUGGAAUAAUAAUAAAACAUCAGAUAUUCCGCCGAUCCGUUGCAGCAGCCCCGACGUGGUGUGGUGACGUGACGUAAAUGAACGAUCCCGGAGAUAUUCCACUGACCCAUACAAGUACCCCGGACAGCAGGCCGCCCUGCAGCAUUAUAUCCAUUAUACCAACCAUAGGCAUGUCCUCAUGCCGCGGAAGGGCCGAGGCAUUCGCAAGGAGUCUGUCCUCCAAGUUGCGCACCUUGGGAUCACAGACAAACGAAGAGGGCGAGGGUAAUGCCGAGGAUGAGCCCAUCAUCAAUGGCACAAACACCAACACCUGGGUGAACUCGCACGACUCUGAGCAGACAGUCACAGACCUGCAGCCCCUGCGGCACGAGUCGGACUCCUUUUUCGACUUUGACUGCGAGCUGGAGUCGCCCGGCAGUCCCGUGGACGAGUGCGAGUACCUGCGCCUGAUCGAAACCGCCUCGAAUACGCCGCACAACUCCACGGCGGAGUCUGGCUACGCCUGCGCCUCAGUGGCCAGCAGUCACAGCAGCAGCACCGAUGGCCCUUACUUUGAUGCCUCGACUUCGGGAUCUGCCACAGUCACAGUAACAGCUACCCAGGCUGCCCAGGACCAAAUGCUGCCAGCCUCGGAUGUGAAGGAGUAUGUCAACCGUUUGCAGCUUAAUGGCAGUCAUGAGUUGGAAAAUGGGGUCGAGGAGCUGCCAUCCAAGAAAAUUGAGGUCCUGGAUGAAGACGAGACCUUCCUGCAGGCCCAAAUCCUCAGUGAACUGCAGCAACAGAGCAAUAGUUUGAGGAGCGAGGAGGAGAAACUGACCAACGGUCAUCUCGAAGAUGAAGUUCAUGAACUGGUCGUCGUAGAAGCGGAAGCCAAAUCCCAAACGGAAGUCGCAAACAUAGAGGAAAAUGCACCUGUCAGGACGCAAGAAGAAAAACCAAUAAAGGAAACAAACUCCGUGGAGGAAGCUCCUCAGGAAAUCACAGAAUCAAUCCAAGAUAGGAUUCCCACAGACGAGGAAAAGACACCUACUGAGGAUGUCGCAUCGCCCACUGACACAGUCGAGACAGUCAUCCCUGAAGACACCACCAAGGACAUCGAACUCUCUCCCGACAGCGGGGUGGACGAAACAGACAAAUCAGCCAGCAAUCUCACCGUGAAUGUGGAACUGGCCCAUAUCGAACAGGCCAAACAGGAUGCAGCCGAGGCGGUGGAGAAGAGGGGAGGCCACAGUCACGGCAUAGACACCACCGACGAUGAAGACGAUUGUCGGCCUCAGAGGAUCAGGCGUUGCUCAUCCCUAAAAACCGGAAAGACCCCUCCCGGCACUCCAGGCCGCAAAAAGAUAGUACGUUUUGCCGAUGUCCUCGGAUUGGAUCUGGCGGAUGUUAAGACCUUCCUGGACGAAAUACCAACCAUACCCAAGUCAGCGUUUGAGGAUCUGGAAAUCCUGGAAUCGGAACCGCCUUUGCAACUGGGUCCCAAGUCCGACAAGCUGCUGAUGCCACUCUUCCAGCAACCCGGCGGCCUUGCCACAUUCCUCGAUGCGGUCAGGGAGAAGCAGGUGUCGCUGGAGAAUGCCGCCGUAUCGGAUAAUAUCAACCAGACGAUAUCCGGAUCGGUGCGAGUUAGAAAUCUAGAUUUCCACAAAUCUGUUCAUAUUCGGUACUCCCUCGAUGGUUGGCGCAGCUAUGCCGAUCUUCAGGCCAACUACGUGGAGAACUCCUGCGACGGAUUCUCGGACAAGUUCACUUUCGUGCUCUUCGGGAAUUCCCUCCAUGUGGGACAGCGCCUGGAGUUUGCUGUGCGAUUCCAGUGCAAGGGCCAACAGUUUUGGGAUAAUAACUAUGGCGCCAACUACUGCUUCCAGUGUCUGCCCAGCUCGACCCAUCCCUCAUCCGGCAGCUCGACGGCAUCGCCUGCGUCCGUGGCGACUGGCGCCGUUACCUCCGGACACGGUGCCGGACUGGUCGGAUUGCUAAGCCCCACGGCGGGCGAUGCCUGGUGCAGCUCCUUCUACUAAAAUCUGGUUGAGAUGGGCAUAUCCGUAUCCGUAUCUGCAUCCGCAUCCGCAUCCAAACUCCAUCCCCAUCCCAUUUGGCAUGAGAUCAACGCCUGGAAGCCUUUCCAGCCUUGAGUUCAUGCUAAAGGCUCCUUAAAAUCAAAUUAUCCCAAGUCAUGGCAAGAUGAGAUGAGUGCUAGAGAUCACUGAUCCAGAUCAGUUUUGUUUACCUCAUUGGGCAGCCCCAUUAUCAGGGUGAAUGAAUUACUUUGGAAAAUCAUAUUAACUUUUGGAUAUCACAGUUGGGUUUCUUUUCUAAAAAGUCUUAAAAGCAAUCAAGUUUAUUUGGAAUUUUUAUAAUGUUCGUUUUUUAAAUUCUUGUUUUUAAAUACCUUUACGAAAUUGUAUUUAUUUCAUUUGUUAUAAACAACGAUUAACUUGUAUAAUUUCAAAGAAAUAAAUACAAACAAUUAUUGGAAGAUUUAGCUAAUUGAAAAAUAAAAGUUUCGUAAUAUUUUAAUGCAACAAAAGUUUAAAAAACCCAAAAAAAUAUGUCAGUCCUGAAAUAUCCAAACUAAUCUAUCCAAAACCCACCUCCAUCUAAUAAAAAGAAUGAUAAUGGUUUAUAUUUUUACGAUACAGGCAAGAAUGAAGGAUAAAAAGGAGUAGCAGGAGCUAGAGGAGCUGUUGAAACUUAAAGAGCGCCACAAAGAAAGCAAGAAAUAAAACUAAACAAACCAGAGUAGUGCGAACAUGAGAAUGAGAUCCAGAAAAGUUCGAAUGAAUCCCAAAGAUAGUUGUUAGUCGUACGUUUUAAGAAGAGCAAGUGAUAACAAACUAAAAAAAUCUGAUCAGUUUCUUUAAUGAUUUCUUCUGUUUUCAGUUUUAAGUUUCGAAUUUUCAGUUUUCCUUAAAUUAAAGUUUAGUUUGUUCCUA